AUGAAACUGGAGGUAUUCUCGCAGCACUACGAGGACAAGCUGGGCGCAGGCAGCGACCAGGAAGGCAGCGGGUCCCUCUCCCCGGCGCCGGCUGACAGCGAGCUGGGCUCGGACGGCGACUGCACUGCCAACAGCCCUGGCGGCGGGGCCGGGAGGCCGGGGCACCCACCACCGCCGCCGCCCCCCGCCCCGCAGCCGCCGCCGGUAUCAGCAGCAGCCGAGAGCAGCAAGGGGAAACCCUACACGCGUCGGCCUAAGCCGCCCUACUCCUAUAUCGCCCUGAUCGCCAUGGCCAUCCGCGACUCGGCCGGCGGCCGCCUGACCCUAGCCGAGAUCAACGACUACCUGAUGAGCCGCUUCCCCUUCUUCCGCGGCGCCUACACCGGCUGGCGCAACUCGGUCCGCCACAAUCUCUCCCUCAACGACUGCUUCGUCAAGGUGCUCCGCGACCCAGCGCGACCCUGGGGCAAGGAUAACUACUGGAUGCUGAACCCUAGCAGCGAGUACACCUUCGCCGACGGUGUCUUCCGCCGCCGCCGCAAGCGCCUCAGCCGUGCCUCCGCCACCGCUCCCCUGCCGCCGCAGCCCGCCCGCCCCGCCGCCACCGUUCCACCGGCUCAGGAAGGGGCCGGAGCCGGCUCUGCUCCCAGCGGUUGUUCCCCGCGGUGCUGCUGCGCAUCCUCGCCCUGCAACUGCGCGUCGGGCCCUGCCAAGGAGGAGACGGCGGCGAGGAGCGGCGGGGGAGCGGCCGCGGGGAGCGGCGGAGCCAAGUUCUCCAGCUCCUUCGCCAUCGAGAGCAUCCUCCGGCGGUCCCCCCGAGUCGCCCCGCAGCCGCCCCCGCCGCCCGCCCGCCUGCUCUGGCCGGCGCCUCCUGCGGCCCCGCACCUGCUGCCCGGUUCGUACCCGCUGCUCCCCUAUCCCCCUGCUGCGCAGCCCCCGCCUGCCGCCGCUCUCUACGGGGGAGGCCUCCUGCAGCUCUGUGGCUACGGGAUGGGCGAGCCACCGUCAGUGCUGCUGGGGGGCGGGAGACGAGCGCUGGCCCCCGGUGAGGCGGUGGCAGAGCGGCCGCGGGCUCCUCUCUUCCCCGCAGCCCUCGCUAAAGUCGGGCGGGGGCCACCGCCCGGUUCCCCUCUCUACGGGCCCCUCCGGUGGACCGGACAGCUGCAGCCGGCGUCGGGAGGGUCGUUCCAGCCGUACGCCGUGGAAAACCCCCGGGCUUAA